GGGCAACAUCUGCGGUCAAGUACUUUGCUCUCAGCCACGUAUGGGGCAAUGCGCCCAUGUCCGAAACCAUCAAAUCGAACCUGGCCUCCCGUCUGAUGAAAGGCGGGCUCCGAUCUGACCGCGACUCCCCGCUCCCGCAAACCGUCACCGACGCCGUGGCCUUGGUUAAUACCCUUGGCGAGCGUUUCCUCAGAUGGACAGAGUCUACUCACGCGCCUUCGCCACCAUCAUCAUUAUUCCCGGUUCUGACGCGGCGUCCGGCAUCCCCGGCAUCCGGCCCGGCACUCGCACCCCGCUUAACACAGAGACAAUCUCCAUCUCGGACCGUUCCGCAACCCUUGAACUCAACCCUUGUAGCAGCCAUAUCGAACAAGUCCAGAUCACCGCAUCCCCCUCCCCGCUCACCCUGGCCAUGGACUCGUCCACAUGGAACACACGAGGUUGGACGUUUCAAGAGCGUCUCCUGUCGGCGCGGUGCAUCUACAUCACACACAACGCCAUCUACUUCCACUGCCACAGGGACAUUCUGCUCUGCGAGACGGGUCAAGCUACGUCCCCCGCCACGCCGGCGCUGAGUCUCCUCAACAACCCCCUGCACGAGCUCCAACGGCUGGAUGGCCGGGUUUUAGUGAACAACCGAAUCGGCACGGCAGGUAACGACGAGGCGCUGCUCCGCGUGGUAUUUGGCGUCUACAAGGGCCUGGUGGCGGGGUACUCGCCCAGGAAACUGACCUUUCUGGGGGAUGUGCUCAAUGCAUUCGCGGGUGUCUUUGCUGUUAUCACGCAGCACUUGCCGGGGGCGGUGGCGCUUUGUGGGCUACCCGGGGCGUUCCUUGACCUUGCGCUGUUGUGGACGCCUGUCAAUCCGCUGCAACGGCGGGAAGAGGCGGUGGCAGGAUUGCGUGACCUGCUGGCGGCCACGGACAGCAAUGGGAGGUGUCCGGGGUGGUCAUGGGCUGGGUUUGUCGGGCCCGUCGACUAUCGGAUGUUUGGUGAGGACGAGGACAAGAGGCCUUUACCUGUCUCGUUGGUCGUUGAUGGGUUCAAGGUGGUUCAUGGCGGGAAGGUACUUAGGGUUGCGGGUCGAGGGGUAAGAGAAGAUGACGAAGCCAAUCAGUCCGUGAUGAGGAUUGGAGAUGCCGCUGGGAGUGACUCAGUCAGCGCGCUGACGGAUUAUGGCCCCAAUAUCCUCCAGUUCAAAGCGUUUGUCGUGCCCGUGACUGCUUUUCUGAGGGGAGCCAGGUCGGAAUAUCUCUGUGUCCUGGGCCAGAGUCACGCCACCGGCCAACAGGCGGUGUACCGUUUGUAUGACCAGGAUAGGAGGCACUGUGGGCUAUGUUAUGAGCCCAUGGUUCCCCUUGGUGAUAUCGCCCGGGCUGGCCAGUCAUCUUUUAUCGGGAUAGUGCGGCAUGGCGAGACGGAUAUACCGUUCAAGGGCCCAAACAGAGUGGAGGGGGAUAUCCCGUUGUUCGACCGCUCUGCGUAUAAGGCUUGUGGCCCGGGCAGUGGCGUGGUAGAUGCUCUCCUUGUGGUUUGGGACAAAGACCAACGAGACUGUAUAGCGAGACGCGUGUCGGUCGCGAGGAUUCAUGUUAAAGCUUGGGAGCGGGCGGGACCUGUUUCGAAGAAUAUUGCAUUGUGUUGAGAGUGGCCUAUAGCACGUAGCACAAGCCUAAAUGUGAGCAUAUCGAAGGC